AUGCUUCUUGUUGCCAUCCUGUUUCUUGCUCUCCUAAAGGAGUUCAAAUCUACUCUUGUCAGUUUUGUGCUUCGCCUGUGGGACAGAAACUCGGCUGAACUGACGCAGAAACUGAGAGAAUGCAGGGAAAAAGAAAGAGAUUUGAGAAAGCUUUCCGAAUCAAUAAGCGCCCAACAGGAGUUUGCCAGAUGGGCGAGGAAUGACAGGGCUCUGCAGAAGACCACAGAUCAGAGACAACAGCUGGAAUCCACACUCAAUCAAAAACAAACGAAGAAUGGUAUUGGAGUUAAACUCACAAUCAACGCGUUGCUGUACGUAGUAACUGGAAUCUUUCUUAUCACCUUCAAAUCAGCCGAAGUGAUUCAUCUUCCUAGUGAGGAUACAUUUUGGACACCUGUCCAGAGGAUGGUGUCUUAUCCAUGUGAGUCUAACCUUGCAGUGAGUACCUGGAUCGUCUAUGCUUCGUCAUGCUGUGGAGUUGCAACUUUGAGAAACACUUUGACUAUUUAUUAA